AGCAGUUCAGCUGGAUGUCUCAUGUGCUCCAAAGGACGAAGGUAACUUUGAAGCACAGUCGUCUCAACAGCUGCUGGAACAUAGUGAGCUGAAGCAACUCUGUGGAAACCUCAGGCAAGGAAUAAAGCACCAAGGCAGCAGGACCCCAAUGGCACCUGCUCAGUGGCUCCUGCUGCUCUUGUCCCUGGCUUUCAUCAGUGUCUCUGUUAACGUGGGGCAACUGCUUCCAGAGGGAGAUGAGAAUGAGGAAAAAAGCCAUCUGGAUGACAUUGUCCAAAAGGCAGAAAACAUCCUAUUGAGGUCUGUUUUUAGGAAAGUGGAGGAAGAUGAUGAAGAUCCUAACAAAGAGUCAGACUCUUCCCAGCUAGACUGGAUUUCCAAAAGGCAACACCCUGGGAAGAGAUCUCUGCAUGAUUUGGAGAAGAGGCAGCACCCUGGAAAGAGAGAGGAAAACAACGAUGUCGAUCCCUACACAGAACUGGAGAAAAGGCAGCAUCCUGGCAAACGAUCCCUGUGGGAUCCAUACCUUGACAUCCCUAGCAGCCAGCUAGCUUAUCUGAAUGAAUUAUCCAAAAGGCAACACCCAGGCAAGAGGUAUCUGGUGUACAGCAAACGACAGCACCCUGGCAAGAGAGGCUGGGACGAGGAGACAGAAGAAGGCGAGCAGACCUUUGAGAAGCGACAGCAUCCGGGCAAGAGGUACCUAGGUUCAGAGAGUCCAGACUCCAUUCUCCCCUGCGACCCACAUGACGCCUUGGAAUGCAGCAAAGGCAGCCUGCUGUUGGAGUUGCUAGAUAGCAUCAGCAAAGGGAGGGCAGAAGAGAAGCGUCAACAUCCUGGAAGAAGGGCUUUGUUGGAUGGGGAGGUGGAGGCCGAGGAGUGAGGAAGGGCCUCUUUCUCUGUGUGUUUGUUCAUUGUUUACAUCCCUUCGAAUUAUUCCUCCUCCUGAUAACUAUUCAAAGCUCCACCCCUUCCCCCUCCCCUGACUCUCUGCUUGCUGACCUACUUCACUGAGUAGGUCUUUGAAGUAUCUUCCUUUCUGGACUGGUAUGGUCCAGAAUGAGCAGUGUGUGGACACGUAGUUUGCCUUUUGAGGACAGGAUGGGAUUGUCUCCGUGAGAGUCCCAUUAUUAGGCUCAUCUCCCUUUGUAAAAUAAAACACGUUGAGAAAGGAUGAUUCCAAGCUUUCUUUUCUCUCUAGAGACCUCAAGGCCAAAGAUGCAGGCAGGAAGGCAGGUACAAUCAAAAUGAGAGGAUGGUCAGAUGUGAAUCCUGUCGUUCACAGCUGGGAAACCAACUCCAUAAAGGGCUUCCCAGUGAUAGGUUUCUCAUAAUAAUAUAUGAUUAUCCCCCCCUUGACAAAGUGGCAUGUCUACCUGUUUUGUGGCCAUUUCCUUCAAAAGGUUUUGAGCAGAGCAGGAAAGAGAAGUCUGCCCCUUUUACCCACAAGCCUCGUGGAAGUUCAGGGGAAGCUUCUCUCACUUUUUUUCACCUUUCCCCACAGGCCAAGAUUUUCCACACACACUGCUGUUUUUCCUAAUAGAAAAGCAAGAGGCACAUUUGGGAACACUGCAGUUACCUCCAAUUACUUGUCAGAGACAGCAGAAUUCCCUCCCACCUAUGCCCCUUGCCCCCACCCCAAAAAGGUCAAUAGUGUGCAGGGAAGGACCCCCACUGUUCUCUCCAAUCAGCUUAUAAUAUCUAUCAUGGCAGAGAAAUAUAAUUUCACAAUCAACUGCAAUUCCUUUGCUGAACAGAAGUCCAUCCACUUAAUCCUGGGGCUGCUUCAAAUAGGCAAAUGCUUCCAGCAAAUAGCAUUUCCAUGGAGAAGCUUCAUGCCGGCAUAGUAAGCUGGAUACUGUGAAUUGGACAAAUGGUGAGACAGUGAGCCCAGUGUGUGACUUUUGUCAUAUGCCAGCAUGAGUUACAUUAGCAUAUCCACCAUGGGAACUACUGUACCUGCACUACUGAUGGAUAAAGAAAGGGACCAGGACAGGAUGAAGUAAUGGAGACAGGUGGGACUUCAUAAGUUGGAAGGUGACUGCAUUCGUUUCUACACAUGCAAAUUCAGCACAUGGACAUGCUUUUUCAUAAUAAAUUAGCAUAUACCAUCUUGGCUGCCUUGUUUAUAACAGCCUCCCAAAACUAAAAACUACAUUCCCUUUCAGAGGCGUUGGGCUACUCCCAUCUGUUCAUACCUGGGGCACCAGGCUAGGAAAAGUUGGUUUGGAAGAGCUCAUUAAGUGAUCUGAAUCCAUUAAGUUGUGAAUUUCCUCCACUCCGGGCAGUGAACAUUAAAAAAAACUUGGAAACCAUGAUUGUGUUGAUAAGACUGAUGAGAAUAACAUCUGGAUUAAUCUUUAUCCUUGGCGACAAGCAACAGGACAAACGUAUAAUAAAUCAUACAGUCUUCAUCAAUUAAAGAGAAGCAGCGAGGGAUUUGAGAAAUAUAAAAGUGGCCAAUGUAAAUUGUUGGCAGUUUCUUACAGCCUCAGUUUGGUUGCUAAUAUAUGAUAUGGACAAAGUGUGUCUUUUAAAAGAAGAGAUGGGGAUUGUGUUGUCCUCUAGACAUUGCAUGACUGCAGUUUCCACCCUUCCUCAUCAUAGGCUAUGGUAGCUUCAGUCAAUGAGAGUUGCAGUCCAGCAACAUUCGAAGAAUAAUACAUUCCCCACCUGUAGUUUAAAACUAUCUGAGUUGAGGUAUGACAUAAAGGCAGCAGGAACAACAUUGUCCCGACUGUUACUGCUGCUGCUUGCAAGGUGGAUAACCAGGGACAAGACAGGGCUGCUUAUAUAGAAUCAUAGAAUGAUAAGAGUUGGAAGGGGCCUGUAAGGCCACCGAGCCCAACC